UUUAGCUUUAAUACCUGUACAGUAAAUAUCGUAUGGCUCCUAGGAAUGGACACAGCAUCUUGAUGUGAUCUUGAGUUAAGGCCAACACUGCUGCAGGUAUAUAACAGAAGGAUAUUGUGUAGAAGAACUCUCCCUAAUUCUGGUUAGGCCUGAUCCGAGGGUUUGACUGUUGAACAAAGUAGAGAUGCUUAACGAGGUGGGUGAAGGGGUGAAUAACAGAGUACUGAGUUAUUCUUCGGGUAACCAACAGUGUAGACACAUUGGGUCGGACAAGGGGCAGGAAUCACUGACUCUCAACUUGUAGCACUUUCCUCUGGAUGCCUAGGAACUCACAUUUCUUCUGGAGUAGCCAAGUUGAUAUCCCGUUCUGAUACCACUCCCACUUGUCCUACCAGCACCUACCCAGACGCUGGGUCCACACUUUAACUUCUUCACUCUAAAUUGACUGUAGGGUUCAGACUAAGAAGACUACGACGCUACUUUCGCAAAUUGGUAGUUCUCGGAUGCCAUCAAUACUGAGCCAGGAGCCCCAUAACCAUUAGGUUAGAAGAAUGAAGCAGCAGGGUAUAGUGGCAUUUUGAUAGAGGAAGGGACCUUUAACGGCAGUUUAAACUCGCAGCUACUGCCACGGUCAUGUCGGAAUCUUCUAGGACCGGGGCCUCCAGGGUACCACACCAACAUGUUGGUUCUCCUUUUCCCAGUCACCCUUCUAUGGGGAGUGACGUGCUCUCAGCUUCCGCAGAACACUGCGCCCUGGGCCACUUUGCUCCCCGCAGAGAGAACACCGCGGUCCCUGCCCCCAGACUCACACGCGGCCUCAGGUAGGAGGAUCUCCGCCAAUCCAGAAGGCUCAGAGGCUGAGAAGGCGGGACGAGUAGGAAAAGUUUAGGAUAGAAGUGCCAGCCAAUGCGGUGCCUAACUACAUGAGCGACUUCCCAGAGCACCCAUUUGGAGAGCGCGGAUGGUUAGUGACCAGCGGACCAAUCCAUGACACGGGAAGGCGAGUUUGAGCCAAUUAAAACUGGGAAGGUGGGGAAGGGCGGAGUUCGCCUGGUGGCUGCUGGGUGGUGGGUGAAGGAUCGGCUUUCUCUUCUAGUUACCACCGUGGGAGUCUUUAGCCUCUGGAAUGCGAGAGGGAGAGGCUGAGGGAGUUCACGGAGUGGGGCAUAGAGGCAUCGCCCCGGAAGGGAGCCACUAGUGGCGAUCUUUUCUGGGCCCCCUUCCCUUCGUAGGGUGCUAUGGAGUUCCCAGAACACAGUCAGCAGCUGCUGCAGAGCCUCCGGGAGCAGCGGUCCCAGGGUUUCCUUUGUGACUGCACCGUGAUGGUGGGUAGUACACAAUUCUUGGCCCAUCGGGCUGUGCUGGCCUCCUGCAGUCCAUUCUUCCAGCUUUUCUACAAGGAGCGGGAAUUGGACAAGAGGGAUCUGGUGUGUAUUCACAAUGAGAUUGUCACGGCCCCAGCCUUUGGGCUACUUCUGGACUUUAUGUAUGCUGGCCAGCUGGCCCUUAGGGGGGAUACUCCUGUGGAGGAUGUGCUGGCAGCUGCCAGCUACUUGCACAUGAAUGAUAUCGUUAAGGUGUGUAAGCGGCGGCUGCAAGCCCGGGCCCUGGCAGAGGCUGACAGUACCAAGAAGGAGGAGGAAACCAGUUCACAGGCUCCUAGUUUGGAGUUUUUGUCCAACACUUCUCGUGGCCCUCAGCCUUCACUGGCAUCUGUUGAGACAUCAGGUCAUUGGAGCAAAGGGGAAUGGAAAGGCCUGGCUGCUCCCUCACCUACUGUCCGUCCUCCAGAUGAGCCACCAGUGUCUGGUGGUGCUGACACUACUCAGCCUGGCAUGGAGGUUGAUUCACCACAUCUACGGGCACCUCUCCCAUCAGUGGCUGAUGUCUCUCUUGCCAGCCCCAGUAGCUCCACAGAGACCAUUCCUGCAAACUACUUUUCUUCUGGUCUCCCAGCAGUUUCAUUGGAGCCCCUGACUCCUCUUGAUGUGGGUCCUGAGGGUCUGAGGGUGAUGGAACCAAGGGAUGCUGGAGGACCACUGCAAGGCUUCUAUCCCCCAGCUUCAGCUCCUGCUCCAGCUCCAGCCCCAGCCCCAGUCUCAGUCCCAGUUCCAUCUCAGGCUCCAGUCACAGCUGAAGCUGAGCUGGUCCAGGUGAAAGUAGAAGCUAUUGUGAUCUCUGAUGAAGAGACUGAUGUGUCAGAGGAACAGCCUCAAGGUCCUGAGGAAGUCUUCCCACCUGGAAGAGCAAUGUAUGGGGGACAACCCACCCAGCCAGAGGCUUUUGAGGAGCCAGGGGCAGCAGGACUAGAGGAGGUGGGGCCAAGUGACCACUUCCUGCCUCCAGAGCCUCAUCUACCCUAUCAUCUGCUGCCAGGUCCAGGGCAGUAUCAUCGAGGACUGGUGACCUCACCUCUGCCUGCACCCCCAGCCCUGCAUGAGCCACUUUACCUGCCUUCUGAGUAUGAAGCAGCCCCAGGAAGCUUUGGGGUCUUUACUGAAGAUGUUCCCACCUGCAAGACAUGUGGGAAGACCUUCUCAUGCUCUUACACACUACGGCGACAUGCCACAGUGCACACACGUGAGCGACCCUACGAGUGCCGUUACUGCCUGCGCAGCUACACACAAUCAGGGGACCUCUACCGCCAUAUCCGCAAGGCUCACAACGAAGACCUGGCCAAACGCAGCAAGCCAGAUCCCGAGGCUGGCCCCCUUCUAGGGAUGCAGCCCCUCCCUGGCUCCCCAACAGCAGACAGACAGAGCAGCAGUGGUGGAGGGCCACCCAAAGAUUUUGUACUUGGACCCAAAAACUAACUUCUAGGAGAGCAUGAGCUGAUUGAUGCUAGGCCUGCUCUUCUAAGACUUAAAUGGCAGCACAGAAGGUUGGAGGCAUUGCGUCAAUCUUUCUGGUUAACAGAGUGAAGGUUCUGUCCUGGUUGAAGGUUCCUACCCUUUUCUUUGCUCAGCCAAGAUAAGCAGGACUUUAUACUGCAGAGCAUACCAAUUAACUUUCCAAGGGCACUGGGAAUUUUUCUGAGGCGUAAUUGCUUCUCCCUUUGCAUUCUGGAAUAUAAAACUAGCAAUGAACAUAUUUCUUUGAACUGGUGUUGGCUGAUUUCUUCUAAAAACCUGCAUGCCUUGUGCCUCUCCUUCAGUUCUUGUAGGAAUCUGACAACUGUAUUUGGGAGGUAGGAGUAAGGGUCAGAUUGCUUAUGAGGAAAAGUGAUACAGGCAUAGGCCAAUAUAGCCUAUGGAAAAGGCUUUUAUUUAGGAAAAGGAUACAAAUUAGGGAAUCUCAAACAAUUAUGGUUUAUUGUAGUUGAGCUCCUGUGUUCUGGGAUAUAUUGGCUGCUUCAGAUACGCAUUUAACUUUCAACAACUUUAUAAGGUAUUAGUGUCCCUCCCUUUUUUUUCCAUAGGCAAGGAAACUUGAGACAAUAAUCAGUAAUUAUUGCUUCUUGGACUUUUGGCUAUGAUUAGGCAUAAAAAUUAAAGUUAACUUUUUCAAUAUCAUGGAGCUUACUUAAGGGGAUUUGAAUCUGACUUGUGACUCCAAACACCAUUUGUGCUAUACUGGUUUAAAACAUUGUUCAAGAUGGUUAACCAAGAAUUAGAGACUUUUUUUUUGUUUUGAGACAGAGUCUCACUUUAUCGCUCUGGGUAGAGUGGCGUGGGGUCGCAGCAACCUCCAACUCCUGGGCUUAGACAAUUCUCUUGCCACAGCCUCCCAAACAGCUGAGACUACAGGUGCCCACCACAAUGCCUGGCUACUUUUUGUUACAGUUUGGCCGGGGCCAGGUUCUAACCCUCCACCCUCUGUAUACGGGGCUGGUGUUCUACCCACUAACCCACAGGCAUUGCCCUUUUGUCUUUUUGAGUGUCUGGCUUUAUUACCUUGUUACCUCUGCUUAUA